UCACGUAAUUCUGAGCUUUCUGGAUAACAAGUUUCCGGAAAAAGGUGUAUAUAUUAUCAGCAUGUAUCUAGGUACUUGUUUUAAAUCCUUACUUGCCUGCAGCUCAACCUCUCUGCCUUUCCACUGCUCCCUCUCAAUUUCUUGUUCUAUUACUGUAGUAGAAACCAGUGGAUUCUUUUGUCAAGAGGAAAGGGAGUCCGCUAUCAAAAUGGGCUUUAAUGAAGCUUAGCACUAUUUAGGAAGGGGCCCCCCUUUCAGCCUGGCUAGCUGCAGAAUCACAGAUUGUGAGGGAGCAGAUACAAAGAGCAGCUUGAUAUCCAUGUCUCUCGAGAGGUUCUGUGAAUAUACAAUGAGAAUUCCCAGGUUCUGCUGGUUGAGAUUGCUGCUGUUGCCCUCUGCAUCAUUUCCCUGCCGGAGCAUUGUGGUACCGAGGCUGAUCCGGCAGCUUCCUUAGUUAAAGGGCAAUGCACCCUGCAAAGAUGUGCCUGCUGUAGAGCUGCCUGUCAGAUGAUGGUUCCCUGAGCCCACAUGGAGGAGUUACACGGAACAUAACUUCCCAUCCGGUGCUGAAUUGCUGAAGGAGACACAGAACAAAAUGAGUGGGGGGGGGAGAAGCCAUUUUAAUUGCAUUAUCUCAUCUGAUCGCUGGGCUUAGUUUCCCACUUCCUAGGCUUCUGCUCUGAUCUUAUAUGGAAAUACACUGGAUUCAUCGACAACAUCACUGGCUCCUUGGUUUUUAUCUGUUCCAAGGAAAAUCACAGGUGAAUCUCUGCUGAUACACUGAUACCAAGAAUUUACCCAAUGGCAGUUAACAAUCAUCAGAGACGAAGCAAAAAUGGAGAUGACUCUUAUGAUAUCUCAAUCCCUUUUGAAGAGAGUCUGCGCAGAGAAUGUCAUUCCUUAUACAGUCUCAGGUCCCAGCAGAAUAACUCAGAAGAGAUAUCAGAGCCGCCCAACCCCUCUAUUAUACUAAUGAACAGCAUGAACACUCAGCUUCACAUGGCUCUGGAGAGGAAUUCGUGGCUGCAGAAAAGAAUUGAAGACCUAGAGGAAGAGAGAGACUUUCUCCGAUGUCAGCUGAACAAGUUUAUUUCCUUUGCCAAAUUAGAUUCUGAGGACCAAUCCAGAGCAAAACAAACCAAUUGGAGAUCUGAUGGUAAAGAGUGUUGUAUUGAGGAUCUAACUGAUAAUGAAAGUAUGUUGUCUGUAAGUACCUAUUCUGAAGAAGUUGACACUUUGGCAAACACCAAGAGGCGAAAGCAAAAGGGAAAUUGUAAUCAGAAGGGGUUCUGCAAGCCAAAAGUCAGGGAGAGACAGAGAGUGAAAGAUGCUGAUGGUGUCCUUUGCCGAUACAAGAAAAUCCUUUCCACUUUUCAAAAGUUAAAGAGCAUGAGCAGGGCCUUUGAGCACCAUUGCGUAGAUCGCAACACUGUAGCCCUCACUACUCCUAUAGCCGAGCUCUUGAUUGUUGCGCCAGAGAAAAUAGCUGAGGUUGGAGAAUUUGACCCAUCCAAAGAGAGACUGUUGGAAUAUUCUAGACGCUGCUUCUUGGCCUUGGAUGAGGAGACCCUUGAGAAGGUCCAAGCACUCAAGAAAAAUAAACUUCUUUUGCCCAUCACCUAUCGUUUCAAGCAAUGAUAUCCAAGCGUUGACACCACAUUACAAAUGAAAGACUUAAUUUUUCAUGUCCUGAUCAUAGCUUUUAUUAGCUUAAUGCUCGAUUAUCUUAAUGCUCGACAACUAACUGAUUAAAAGUAUAUUAAUGUGAGAAUAUUGCUAUAAAAUGAAUGUGAUAAAUAAUCAGAUCGUUGUGGAGAUGCACAACUAUACAUGUUUCUAUCACUAACAGGACAGGUAGUACCACCUUUCAUGUAUAUAUAUGUUUUUAAACAGGGUGGUUAUGGUUCUUCAUGGAAUGGAACAACGUUAUGUUGGAUUUUUUUUUUAUCAAAGACUUAAUCUAUUGCUUUAGGACCAUGGCAUUUGGACAUUAUUGGUUCACUGUGGGAAAACUGGACUUUUUGCACAUUUAGCAAUUACCUAUUCUAUUGUGAUUGGACUAACGAGAUAAUUGGUGGGAGAUGGAGCACUGUGUGGUACUAAGGAUAUGAAUUGUGUUUUGACCAUUUGAGUUUUACACUUGACAAAGGGUCCGUAUGAUCUGAAACAUGUCGUUUGUACAAUAAAACACUAAGCAGCA